AUGUCCGAGCUUCAGCCGAGACUUGCGCAGCUCCUCCAGAAGCAUGGCGUAGACGAAAAGGUGGUAUCCUACCUCAAAGCCAACAGCAUGGUGAGCGUGAUGCAGUUCGCUGGCCUCGCGGACUCGAAGACGGAUGUAGGGGAAGGCGUGUGCACCCCUUCAGGCCUGGAUCCCGCGGACCGCCCGCUGUGUCAGCCGGUUAAGGCUGCGUGGCAAGAGGCGGAGGCCCUCGUGGCGAGCGAGCUGGAAAUCAUCAGGAAGGGCAUAGGAGGCGACUGGGAUGAUCCAAUCGACCCCGAGGUGCGGACCAAGAAAACCAGGAGCUUCGUGCAGUACUACCAAAUCAAGCUCCCUUCGCACCUGAUCGGCUCGGACGCGUUGGCAGAGCGCCUCGUGCGCGAACACGAGCGCAAGACGCCGACGGCGCACGACCUCCACAAGAUCCGGGCCCUCAACAGCGAGCCCGGGGCGGAGAAGACGGUGGGCGUCAGCAUCGAGCACCGCACCGCGGUGGGCGCGGACGACGUGAGCACGUUCACGGCGCACGCGUCCAUCCACAAGCACCGCGUGCUUAUGAACACCCUCGCUCUUGCCGCGGCCCCGGAGUGGGCGGCGGCAGACUGGUCCGUGCUCUUGGACUACCACGAGUGGGUCGUCCUGAGGCUGUUCGAGCGCAAGAAGGGCGGGGUCCCGCCCGUGGAGGCCGUGGUGCGCGCAGGCCACAGCAUGCGUUCCAGGUGGGCGGAGGCAAUCCGCAAUGACUCCGAAACGCUGGCGCAGGCAGUACUGUCCUGCCGGACAGAAAGGGUGUCGUUGUUCGCGGAGCUCCACAGCGACCGCGCAGAGGGCGACUCCGGCAGGCCACAGGAGCCCGCGGCCAAGAAGGCGCGCGGCGCCCUCCAGCGCGUCACCCACCUGCACGGGAAGGAACUGCGCAAGUUCUACAACGCAGGCACGUGCACCUACGGCAAGAGGUGCAGGUUCAAGCACGCCUGCAACGUGAAGGGCUGCGGCGGCGAGCGCGCCGCGUGCGACCGCCACGAGGCGGCGUGA